UCUCUCUGUGUGUCAGUCCAACCCCUUCUCACCCUCCACACCAUCUUAAAUUUUUCUCUUUAUAUACUUCCAUUCUCCAACCUUUUCAUCUUCUCUCUCUACAUAUUGUCAGUGGAGCUAGCCCAUUACACAUCAAUGGAAGGCCAAAACUCCUCAACCCCAUCAUCACUACCACCAAAUAACAUUAACCCUCCCUUCCUCUUCACACCCUCAUUAGACCCAGAAAUUGACUGGAUCAGCCUUCUCUCUACAGCUCAACCAGCUGGCUUCCCAUCAGCUGAGAAUAAUAUUAAGCCUAUCAUGGAAUUAAGUGGUUCCACAAAUGGGGUUGUACUGGAUCAUGAGAAGGGUAAUAAUAAUAAUAAGGAUAAGAGGAAAAGUGGUGGUAGGAUCAAAAAAGCAACACGGCCUAGGUUUGCAUUUCAGACUCGGAGUGCGGAUGAUAUACUUGAUGAUGGGUAUCGAUGGAGAAAGUAUGGGCAGAAAGCUGUGAAGAACAGCGUUUAUCCCAGGAGCUACUAUCGGUGCACGCAUCACACAUGCAAUGUGAAGAAACAAGUCCAGAGGCUAUCCAAAGACACGAGCAUUGUGGUGACAACAUAUGAGGGCAUUCACAAUCAUCCCUGUGAGAAGCUGAUGGAAACCUUAACUCCUCUUUUGAAGCAAAUGCAAUUUCUAUCUAGGUUCUAAGCUCAUUGUGUGCUAUGGUACAAGAACAUAACAAGCACAAGUGUCUUCGUUCUUGCUAUUUCAUGGUCAUAACCCCAAAUACUAGUGCAUCUUAUCUGUGACUUAAUUUGCGUAAAUGAACCGUACGUAUUCUCAUUGUAUAUCAUUGUCAAGAUCGCAUUGGUAUGUUA